AUGGAAGGGACAGCCUCGAGCAACGAGAGCGCUUUGUAUGUCGCCAAGUUUCGUCGCAGUUGCCGCAAUCGCGAGUCUUAUGAUGCGGUUGCGGAAUUGGCAGCUGAAUUACGACGUGCGUAUAUGGUGAAAGGGCUGCAGGUUCAACUCGAGGAGAGGCAAACCCGCAAAUACAUCGAACUCAUGCGAAAACGUGAGAGUGCUGACUUAACCUACAAGCGACAACAGGAAGUGUUGGAGGAAGAUUUGCGAUAUCGAUCGGAGAUCCUACAGAAGACGAAGGAGUACAGGCGGCAGCUGGACGAACAGUUGACACGGAAGGAGGAAGAGAAAAGAGUCAUCGUGGAGGAAGCUCGCGAAUACAGGAAGUUCUUAGAAGAAGUGGAUCGAGUGCAGGAAGAGCAGGAGCGCUCAAGGGCGUUGGAGAAGAAAUGCGAGCUUGUGGAGAGAACAAGGCAAGAGAGACUGAUCCUCGAGGAAAUGAGGGAGGCUCGACGACAGGAGGAGCGUGAAGCGGAAGAGAAGAAACGACGGGACGAUCUAGAGUACUUGAGGGAGAUAGAGGAGAGGUCGAAGGAGGUGAACAGACUCCGACAGGAGCAGAUAGAGAGGCGCGAGCGUGUCCUGUUGGAAACGACGAGGAUAAUGCUGGACGCUCAGGCUCGAAAACGAGAGAAGGAAGAGCGACUGAUUGAUCUUGUAGCAGAGGAGAUCAGAUGCGAGCUCGUAAUCAGGGAGAUGGAGGAGGCGAUGCGUAGGAAAAAGAUGAAGCAAGAACUGGCAGCUAGUUUACGGGAACAGAUAGUCUUCACGGAACAGUGCAGAUUGCGUUUCGUGGAGGAGGAUAAAGCAUGGGCCGAGGAAGUCAUAAGGAAGAUUAUGGAAGACGAGAAGAUGGCAAGGUGUACGGCGGAGGCGAAAAGAAGGAUGAAAGUGCAGUAUCGGAAGGACCUGGAGAGUUUGAUUGAGCACCGCCGCAGGAUUCGCGAGGAGGAGAUUGCCAAGAUUGAGGAAAUCGCCAAAGAGCAACAGAGAUUGGAACUAGCUGAGGCGGAACGCGCGAAGGAGGAGAGAAAGCGCUUGUUGAUGCUACACGCAGCUAAUAUUGCAAACUUCGUGAACAGAGCGACUCUCACAGCUGAGGAACAAGAAAUGCUUGAUGAAUUAAUGAAGGAGACUCGAGACACCGGAAAUAUCGAUGAGGAAGAUAAGAAAGAUUGA